AUGUCUAAUCAGUCACUCGAAGAAGUUGAAGCUUUGAGUCCAUCUGAUUUUAUUAAUUAUUUAAACUCCAAGAAAAUUGCGUUGUUUCUUCAUGACGAUCAUAUUAAUGCUUUUGCAAGACAAGAGGUCGCCAGUAAAAAUCGAAAGCGCAAAUUACCAGAAACUGAAGAAGCGCAAAUAAACGUAUCGAAGAAAAAACAAAAAGAUUUAUCAUAUGAAAUUGUUCAAGAGAUUUGCAAACCAUUUGAAAGGAUUUCUUUAAUAAAAGAACUUAUGGAGAUUCUUAUGACACCAUGGCCAAGUCUAUUCCUAUUGAAAAUAUCUUACUGCAACAGGGAUUUCUCAUCUAUUGAAAAUGCUUUGCGAUACACAAUAAGUUUUGGAGGUGAAAUUAAUCUGUCUAGUUUGAUCAAUUGCAUUAUACAAUAUCCCUUGAAGACUUUAGUGAUGUUCACGGUCUCAAUAGCUCGAAAUAUCUCUGAUAAUCUUUUCAUAACAACGGUAAAGAAUUUGAGACCAGAUUUUCUAGUUUGGUUAAAUAGAAAGAUUUUGAUUUUUAAAGGAGAGGAUAAAAGAGUUCCAUAUAUCUUUGCGUAUGCAGCUGUAGGAAACUCCCUCAAAUUUUAUGCCAUUAAUCAAGAUUGGGAAUUGAGAUCAGUUUCUCGUCUAUUUGAUCUAUCUAUCCAAAAGGAUAGGCUUUUUGCAAUUGUUAUUACUGAUACAGCUCAUGUUGCAAAUCUCAUACAUACACGUGAUUUAAAUGAUCGACCAAGUUAUCCGACUUUACGAGGAGACAGGUAUAGAGUAAUUCUAUCACCUCUUGGAUAUUGUUAUGAACCUCAAAAUGAAAGUGAACUCAAAGAU